CCACAUCCCGAGCCAGCGCCACCGGCUACUCCGGACGUCAGUGUAUCAUGUAGAGUUCAAGGUCAGGCGGUCAGCCAGUGUACAUCUGCUGGAAAGGUUCAGUUCCGGGCUAAUGUUCCGGCGAUGGACUCACUGAAAAUGGCGGACCGCGCUGUCUGCUGGCUGUCCCUGCUGUCUCUCGUGCUGUCCAUGGCCUCGGCCCGCAGUCUGCACAGCAACGAGCACAGCCACGGCUUUCUCAAUGAGCACAGCAAGGCAGGACGUGCCCACGCGCACGCGUACAAGUCGCAUGACCAUACGGCACACGCGCAGUUUUCGGGUGACGAGGCCACAGCCGGCGAGAGCACUCCGAGCGGUGGAUUUACCAAGCACGGAGACCCGCUUAUAGUGGAGACUACGAGCGGUCUGGUGCGCGGUACAUCUAAAACAGUUUUAGGCCGCGAGGUUCACUUGUUCACCGGCAUACCUUUCGCCAAACCCCCAGUCGGGCCACUGCGGUUCCGGCGUCCCGUGCCUGUGGACCCAUGGCACGGAGUCUAUGACGCUACGACUCUCUCCAACUCCUGCUACCAGGAGAGGUACGAGUACUUUCCUGGAUUUGAAGGGGAAGAAAUGUGGAAUCCAAAUACCAACAUAUCUGAGGACUGUUUAUAUCUAAAUAUCUGGGUGCCCCAGAGGCUUAGGAUUCGGCACAGAUCAGAAGGCCCCGCCUUUAAGCAAAAGGUGCCAGUUCUGAUCUGGAUCUACGGUGGAGGCUAUAUGUCGGGUACUGCGACACUGGAUAUCUACGACGCCGACCUGGUGGCCGCCACUAGUGAUGUCAUCGUAGCUUCCAUGCAGUAUCGCGUGGGCGCCUUCGGGUUCCUCUACCUGACGCCUGACCUACCCCCUGGAAGCGAGGACGCUCCGGGAAACCUGGGUCUGUGGGACCAAGCGCUGGCCAUCCAGUGGAUUAAGGCCAACAUUGCCGCCUUCGGGGGCGAUCCAGAGCUUUGCACGCUCUUCGGAGAAUCCGCGGGCGGAGGAUCCGUGAGCUUGCACCUCGUUUCGCCUGUGACCCGCGGACUGGUCCGUCGCGGCAUCAUGCAGUCCGGCACGCUGAAUGCCCCUUGGAGCUUCAUGACGGGGGAGAAAGCCGUAGAGAUCGCCAAGACCCUAAUAGAUGACUGUGGCUGCAACUCCUCCAUGCUGGCAGAAAGUCCUUCUAGAGUGAUGUCCUGCAUGCGUGGCGUGGAUGCCAAAACUAUAUCCGUCCAACAAUGGAACUCUUAUUUUGGCAUCCUAGGGUUCCCAUCGGCCCCCACCAUCGAUGGAAUUUUCCUUCCAAAACACCCAUUGGAACUACUCAAAGAGGGCGACUUCCAGGAUACAGAGAUUCUCAUCGGUAGCAACCAAGACGAAGGUACUUACUUCAUCCUUUACGACUUCAUAGACUACUUCGAGAAAGAUGGCCCGAGUUUCCUGCAGAGAGACAAGUUUUUAGAUAUCAUCAACACUAUUUUCAAGAACUUCACGAGGCUUGAGAGGGACGCCAUUAUUUUUCAGUAUACGGAUUGGGAACAUGCGAAUGAUGGUUAUCUUAAUCAGAAGAUGAUUGGCGAUGUUGUGGGUGAUUAUUUCUUCAUCUGUCCUACCAACCACUUCGCCCAGGCCUUCGCCGACCACGGACUCAAGGUUUACUAUUACUUCUUCACCCAGAGAACGAGCACGAGUCUGUGGGGAGAGUGGAUGGGGGUGAUGCAUGGGGAUGAAAUUGAGUACGUCUUUGGCCAUCCACUCAACAUGUCAUUGCAGUACAACGCCAGGGAACGUGACCUCAGCUUAAGAAUUAUGCAGGCCUACUCUAAAUUCGCAUUGACAGGGAAACCAGUAUCAGAUGAUAUAAACUGGCCAAUCUACUCGAGGGAGCAGCCACAGUAUUACAUUUUCAAUGCUGAAAAAAGCGGCAUCGGAAAAGGUCCUCGAGCGACUGCUUGCGCUUUCUGGAACGACUUUUUACCAAGGCUCAGAGGGCAGCCAGACCCAGAGUGUGUCGUGGAUCCGACAGACACUGAGACGAGCAGCCCUCUGGUGAACACAGAGCCCGACUCCGCCGCCACCAGGCAUCUCUCUGUAGCAACAGUGCUGUGUAUGCUGUUUGCAACAAUAUAAGGGUCUGAGAAGAACACUGCGUCACCGUGCCUCAACGCGUCGUCGCCUCUACUGGCAGCUGACACUAUCGGCGGUGGCAGAACAAUGCACGCACUCGGGCCAGUGCGCGCUGGCCUAUCACUGCAACUAGACCCGUAUUCGAUGGCACUUUUAUAAUGUUAUCGUUUGAUCCUGAUUUAUUUUUAAUACGGAACUCAAAGGACGCUAAGUGUAAAAAAGUAUUUGUAUGAUUUAGGCCUAAUUAGUAUAACGACUUGUUUUGAUCAGUUAUUCGCCUAAUUAAGUGGUUUUACAUAAUUAUUAUCUGUACUAGUUACCAUAUCAGUAAGAAACGAUACAUAUCAAUUUCUAUGCAUAUCAAGACUUAGAUUAGAGUAAUGGUUUUGUAUAUAAUUUACCAAUUAAGGUUGGGGUAAAAGCGACAUAUAUCAAAUACAUAUCAAAAGUGUAACUAUAUUUGUAUAUCUGUAGACUUCUAAGUAAUUAAGUUUAUAUCAUUAUAAGCUACAUCAAUGAAUGUGUAAACGACGAUGUGAUUAAAUAGUAGGUAACAAAUUUAUUAUGACAUAGCGAUAAAAGGAUGUCUUUACUGAGCUUGGCUUCUCGAGGCACAAAGAUACAGCUUUAAAGCAAACGCUUCUACACGCCUUAGAUCCCCUAUAAAACGACCUGUAACCCCAUCCUGUAUAUUAGGUUUUAUUCUCAUAUCGAACUGUGCCAUGAAAAUCACUUUACAGGAACCAUAAGGAACCGGUUUUGUAACAACUUUCGAAUCGAAUCUAUACCACUUCAGUAGAGCAUUUAACGCGCAGGCAGGACGUAGUUGACUCUCGAGUCAAAGCCCAUUUUACCGUCACCUCGUGGCUCCGAACGCUGGAUUCUGCAAAUAGGUUUGUAAUUUAGUUGGAAACGGGAAGAACGUGAGAGGUGGACAUUUAUUCGCAGAACGCCGCGACGUCACACGUGUAGAGAGGCUGCAAGACUUUACAUCGGCGAUGACGCCAAUAAACUAAAUGUACUACGUGUUCUUGUUAGCACAACCUACUCGGUGUCCGUGCACUGUAUGUCUAAGUACCCGAGUGAGACUGGCGCUCACAUUCGAUGUAAAGUGUAAACAGCAAAUAUUUUAGGAACUUUUACAAGUACCUCUCCUAAAAUUACCAUGACCGCCAUUUUGUACACUUCUUAUAUACAGUAUACUGACAAACUGUACAAUAUUGUGAAUAGGACAAAACUUGUUAUAUAAACAUAUUUAUAUAUUUCUACGCUACUUUUAUCUUUGUAAGGUAUUGAAACAAGGUAUCUAGCAAAGUAGGGAUCAUUUGGGACAAUCUAACCACGUCCAUGUGGCGCUAUCUUUUUGAGGCAGGCUGAACUUCUAACAAUCCAGUUUUACCACGAUCGAUCAAAGUUAACGUUCAACGAACAUUCGCUCACCGCGUACUGGCAAGACCCCGCCCCCUUGGCAUUACGCGUCGUGCUCCUGUGGUCGGUAAUGUUACUUCAACAAACCAGAAGCCACCAUGUUUAUUUUCAGCUAUGAACUCCUGAGUUAGAUGGAACUUUUUUACUUUUAAAGCUGCAAAAUUAUAAUGCUGGCAUUUGUUUGAAUGUUUUAGUGUCUAUAUUACCAUUAUUGGAAACAGUUACGAUGGAGUCCAUUUAUGAGGUAUCUCUUAGACUUUCGCCUUGAAAUAGAUUAUAAGCAUAUCUGACGUGUUUUAAGACUCGAGCAUUAACUUUUAAUUUCAAAAUCUCUAUUUAAUAUAUAUUUUUAUAUUUAACUGACAGGAAUAUUUUGCUACUCGUCUCGUACCCAUAAAUGGACGCCUGGUGAUGCAAUGUUUAGAAGCACGUAGCUGUCCUCUCGCCUUGCUGCACUUCUGUGUGUUAGACUUACAAUAGUGUAGUGCUCAAUCUAUGUACCUUCACACUAAGUGCAUCUGUUUAGGUUAAGCUUAGAGUCUCAGUCUACAGUAACAAUAGAAUAUUUCACCUACAAACACCUACGUAAUCAUUGCAAUAUUCUUCAUCAUUUUAAGUUUUCGUUUUUAAAAUUCUGGUUCUGCAUAAAUCUAAGUUAUUUUUAAUCGAUUAUCUAGAGUAUAGGUAAGUGUUAUAGGUAACUUGUGGACAAUACUUUCAAAAACUAUAUAAAGGUUACUGAAUCAGAUUAUAUACUGCACCAUGUUACUCCAUGUCGAUGCAAUAGCAGACCUAGCGGACAAUGUAUUUGUAUUUCAAAAUUGUUUGGUGCUGAUUUAUUACGUAUAGUUUCUUAUUGUGGCCAAACAACGCACAAAGUAAUCUGUAGCUUAUUAUUUAUUAUCACCCAUUUCAAAACGUUUAAUAACAUAGUGAUUUCUUUUCGCUAUUGUAUAUAAACAUAUUUCGGAUAUAAAAAUUGCAGGUCCAAUACACGCCUAAACCAUCCAUGAUGAUUAACUUGGAAAUAAUUCUCGUAAAUUUAUAUUAUAGUUGUUUAGAAUUGACCUGGUUUAUUUCAUUGUUCUAGUAAAGAAUUAUAUUCUAGUAUUUGUUCAGGCAUUUAUGCAACUAACCUGUGUUAGUUUAUUACCAUAUAACAGAACCUCUUAACUUAUAUCCGUAAAGAGAUCAACAAAUUUUUCACUAGUGCCUGUAGUUACCACCCACUGUUUACAACUAUUUAAAAUAACAAUUAUAUAGUAAUAAAUAUCUUUUGUGUAAAAAAUAAAUCGAACUGACUUGCCGAGCACACCAUGAGAAGAUUUUUAGGCCAUCGGAUACACUGAAAUGGCGUUAUUUUUUAAGUCUUUCCUUUCAUGUUCAAAAAUGUUACGAUGGUUAGAGAGCGGAUGAGAGUGAACGGUAAGUCAGUUUGAUUUACUUCCUACCGGUAUCACUCCGUAUGUAGCUAGCUAAGUUGUAUUCAUUGACAUAAACACUGGUGUGAUGCACUACUGGAAUUGCAUAUGUAAAAUAAACAUCACUUUAUCUAGUGAAAUAUUAAAGAGUUGCUAGUUUUAAUGUUGAAAAUACACUAUAGGUUUCGACUAGACUCUUCAAUAUGUCCACAAGGACCGAAAAUACUUCAUGAAAUUCUUAUCUCGGUUUUCCCUUAGAAACUAACAAGAACAAAUCUCAUUCAAUUGCGCACGAACGUUUUUUAACCAAUUAGUUAAGUGAGUUUUUCAGCCAAAACUACUAUUGGCCAUGAACUAUGAUACUAGUAUUAGAGUAGCGAAUUGGCGCCAAACAAUCGUCUAACUAUGUAAACUUUAUCCUGUUGCCGCUUAACUAAACCUCGAUUGCUCCGAUAUUUGUAUUUCACAAAAGCGUGUUUCAAAAUCCUCUAUGACAGCGGCAAAGCUGUAUGAUCUUGAUAAUUAUUGGUGUUUGGGUGUAAAACUGGGGUUACGAUAACACCGACAGACAGUCAUUUUUAAAUGGCGAUAUCUACUAGUACUAUUCCACCUGGUAUUGCCGGAUUAGUAAUAUAAUUUUAUAUUUAUUUUUAUUUUUCUAAGUGAAAUCCAGAGUGGGAAAACUUUGAAUUAAAUUUUACAAAUACCGCUAAUUUUAUUUGAUAUGUAUUUAUUUGUUGAAAGUUUAAUAUGUACAUUUACCCGUAGUUUCGUAAUCGUGACGCAAAAUUUGUUUCACAAAGAGAAAAGUGGGUAUUUUAUCUAUUUAUGCAAUGUUAUGCAAUAAAUGCAAUCUUGUACAAAUCGCUUUUUAUUUUAAUAAAUUAAAAUAUUCUUAUUUAUCCUUUUCGGUUUCUGCAUAUCUUACGAAUAAUAAAAACUUUAUUACUAAGGAAUACAAUUAGCUAUUUCUUAGAAUAUCUCUGGUGAAUGUUAUACAGAUUUCCUUUUGAAUAAUAAUAGGGCCACUUAAAAAGGUCCCUUGAUUAAUGGUACAUUUGCCACACCUAAUUGUUAUUAUUUUAAUUGUAUGUACAUGAAAAACUAUAUCCAUUAUAAUUUACAAACGGUUUUGGUAACAGCACGUGUAUAGAAGCUUUAAGGGAAAGCCUUAGGCGUAAAAUUAGAGUUUAAAUACGUUUUCCUAUUUAACCAAUAAUAUAUACACGCAUUACUUAUAUGAAACUAUUUUACUGACAAUUAAUAACUAUGUUUAAAUACAAUGUGUGGAUUGUCCUAGUCUACUUAAAUGAGUGAUAUAUUUAUUAAAAGUAACGCAGUUUAAGAAGAUCAAUAAGUAGCGUACUGUAUAUAGUUUUACAGUAGCGAAGUGUGAACAGUUAUACAAUUUUCUUAAUUCAUAGGCUUAAGUUAUUCUUUAUCAUUUUCCUUUAAUAAUUUAAAAAUUACUAUCAUCAUGCCCUCCCUGUCGUAGUUCAUGUCCAGAGUCUAGUAUGGUAAGUCUUAACAGAAUGGAAAUACGAAGAAUACAUAAACAUUAAAAUCGAUCGACGUUAAAGUAAUCAGUUUUAUGGGCAGUUCCUGCAGUGAAUCUAACUACCAAUGCAUAUCAUGUACCACACUAGAAAUAUAAUAUCACAAUGCAAAGUGUGCUCAAAGAGGCUAUAUGUGGAUUACCUGUCUUACUCAGUCCGUAUCUAUAUAACAUAUCAAAUAGGCCUAACGCUUGUAUGUACCACGUCUAGCCCACGUGUAUAUUAGUGUUGUAAAAAUGUAAUGUAUUUGUACAAUGGUGAGUGUGUUUUGUAUGUGAUUUCUAAAAAAAGUGUCGCUGCACACAUAUUAUACACCUAUUCCUUUAUUUAUCCUUUGGGUGUCUUAGUUGUAAAACAAAUCAAUUUCCUCGCUGUCAUCUACAGGUAGGGAAAAGUUCUUAAUAGCACGUUUGACUUUUUACUUUAACAUGAAUGGGUCUUCAACCCUUCUACAAGUAAUGAAAAUUAAUAUCGGUUUAAAUAACACAGUCGAAAUCCACAUUUUGAUACGUGUAAAGAAAUUUAUGUACAAAGGCAGUUGCUAAAUUAUAAAAAUAUCUAUCAUUUCGUAAACAUGAAAAUUAUUUUCAUCCAAUCAACUAGAUGGUAAAAAUUCAGACAAAUAACAAAGACUAAACUUUAUUAGUAUUCAAUUCAAGCAAUUUGCAAUAUUAUAAUAUUUUAUUGUUAAAGUGAUACUAUAUCUAAUUUUUCUAGUGACUAUCUUAAAACUUAAUUAAUACAAUUAAUACUUAAUUAGAUUAAUACAAAGAGUAAAAAUACCAAUUAACUGUUCUAACUACGUGAAAACCGCAACAAUAUGACGAUACAAUCACAGGUCUCCAAUGCUGAUGUCACCCAGAUUUUAAAAUUAUUACAACUUUAUGUAUGUAAAAUGUUUAUAUAUGGUCUUUUAAACAUAAUCACCCAACUUUUAAGUCUAGUGCAGUAACUAUCUGAAAAAAUACAUCAAGCAAUGAGUCGUUGUGAGUAGUAUAUUCGUGAAUUUGACAGGAUCUCUAAGUAAAUGAUGUGAUAUGCUAGAGUGCAUAGACACACGAUAAAUAAAGGUUUGUCGUGCAACCAAAUAAGAAACUGGCGACUAAAAGUAAUUGAAUUCUGUGUGCAAACUAAUGCAAGUUUUAUUAGUGCAUUCAGUCGUAUAGUGAUCAAGCAAAGAUUUCUUUUGAGUAUGUAAAAAAUACCUACGAGGCCACUAAAGAAAAAUAAUUUUAACCUGGGAAACACGAGGUAUUUGAAGUUCAAAGUACGAGGCCAAAUUUCCCUAAAACUAACAACGUUCUACAUACUUAUUUGGGACAAAGUAAAAAUUUUGAAGUAUAACUUACUUGAAAAGAGCUUUUAAACUUUAUAAAUAUAAAUAAAUAACUAAUAAAUACCUUCAAAAUAAAAGAAACAAACAAACAAAAUACGGAAAUAAUAUACUGGAAUGUUUUCGAAGCUUAGCGGCAAGCUAAAUAAUUAAAAGAAAUGAUUGUUACUUUAAAACCGGAGGUCUCUGAACGAGUUUCACAUGUAACUAGACAUUACGUUUUUUGUCUUCUAAAAAUUAUAACGUUCUCAUGAUAACGUGUCCAUAGUAAGUUGAUUAUAUGACGAUAAAGGAUAAAAAGUUCUUACAGUUUAUACAGAGUGUUAAAAACUAAAGAAUGCCCAAUUUUGCUCUAAUUUCUUUUUUAAUCCAGCAUAGGAUGGCCAUGUGAUACAUAAUCCAUAUGUGUUAUCUCACUCAAAAUCCCCUAGAUCCAUGUACGAUGAGAAUCCGACAUUGUAAGGUACUAAAUAAGCAAAUGAGAGUGUACAGCAUAUAUUACCAAACCUUUUAUUUUAUUCACCGAUCACAAACCUGACAAAUAAUCCACACGUAAACAUUUCAAAAUUUGAGUGAACUUAACAAAAUCUCGUAUACGGUCUGAUAAAAAUUUUGCUUGGAUUGGAUGUUUCAAAAAGUGCAAUAUAGAUAAUUGAGUUUUAUAUUUAUUAUUUGAUUCAGGAUCUUGUAAAACUUCAAGAUAAAUACAACAUGGUUCUCUAAGGCUUAGUAUGUAGUCAGAAACAAAAUAUUAAUUAAUAUUUCUCAGUAUAUCUCCUUAAGAUGUGUAUUUUAUCGUAUCAUAUUCCACGUAUAUAUAUUAAUCAGAAUGAUAUCUGUCAAAAUAAUUUUUAAAUAGGAUUGAGCCUCCGAGAGAACACUUGUAAAUUUUAAAAUAUCCAUUAUGUUUUACAUAAAAUUAUUAAACAUAACCUUAAGUGAAUUGUACAAUAAAAUAUAAAUCACAACUCGAGUAAAAUUGAACAAAUUGUUGCUAAUAUUUGUCGAUUAUUCAAUAUAAAAGAUGCUAUUAAGCCAUUUUCUCGAUCAACAGGUGAUAGCAAAGCACAAGCUGUUGUCCGCUUGCUUUUAGAUCUCAAGGUGCGCCUUAUCCCCACGUGGGCGACUCCCGGGCUCAGGUCGUCGCCCACGUGUCGCCCAACUGCACAGCUGUAACCUUAUUGUGCAGCUUUGUAAAGCGGUUACUGUAUUUAACAACUAGGAAAACUGUUACUGUGGUGUAGGUACAAAUGUUUAAAGCUGUUACUUUGCCGUAACACUUUGUAAAACUGUUACUAUAUUUUACAACUGAGUACUAUGAUACACUUUUAUAUAGUCAGUAAAUCAUUCCAAUCAUUGUAUGCCUGUGGCUCUGUUUUAAACAUAAAUAACAACUUCAAGCACGUAACAUGUGUCUACUUGAACGAGCACUUCCAAAAAAACUUUGUAUUAUUGUUCCCUCGAAAUUGAAGAGAUCAUCUUAAUUACAGCUACCUACAUAAAUAUGCUAUGUAACUUUAUUUUCAUGCAUACAAAUAUACUUUAACUUAACAUUGGUUUAGAAAAUUACGUCUUUUAUAUGUCAACCAAAUACACUGAUUUCCAUUACGAUAUCGCGCAAAUAAUCCAAAAACUGUUAUUAUUGCCUUCAGCGCUUAAAGAACUAAUUUUAAAUCAAAAUAUACUCUCUAAUUAUAUUUUUAUGGUUAUAGAUUUCAAAUUAUCAUUGCAUAUCACAGUUAAUUGUUAUUGCUAUAUUAUUCAUGUUCCAUUAUUAUUAUUAUUUGUUUUAAUACAUUGGUCUUCCACAUUCUAAUGAAACCUUCCUUGUUUAGUUCACAUCUUAUAUUCAGCUAUAGACCAUUCAGCUCCAAAAUCCAGCACACAUCAUACACAGAAUACAGCCUUUCUAAUGGAAAUAAAGCAUAUAUAUAAAAGAACACUAUGCAGUUUUAUUGCUGUAUACGUUAUAGAAGUAUUAUAUAUCUAUCAUACUGUUAGAACAAAAAUAACACAUCCUGCCGGUAUGAGUACAAAUUACCUGCUUCCUGGGUUUGGAAUAUUUCAUGGGUUUCAGGAUAAAAUGAAAACGCAAAAUCUUUUUGGGAUUAAAAACCUCUGAUGAACUGGUUUUAUUCAGUAGUUACUUGAUAUUUGAACCGCAUUAUGACAGAUAUGGCUUAAUAUUUAUCCUUAUUUGUCGAAUCAUUGACUGUAACAGUUUUUCAAAGUGUCGAGGUCUACUCUGUUGUACCAAAAAGUAACAGUUUUGCAUUGCGGUUUAGUGCAGUUGUGAAUAUGUAACAGGCAUUUACAAUUGUAACUGCAAUGUACAGCUUUUCUGUUGUGAGCUCAGCUGAUGUAUCGUACUGUACUGUAAAUGUAGAAUAACUGUAACUAUUUAUAUAUUGUGUCAAAAGCACGCUAUAGCUUAGACUAGAUUUAAGUUGGUUUAUCUGUAAGCGUGUAGGUAAAAUGUAGCAGUGUUGGUUAUCCAACAAGUAAUUUAUUCGGAUUUGAAGUAUUCAAGAGAUUAUAUUUGUAAAGAUGGUUUACAUUACAUGAACUUAAAGUUCAUCUAGAAAGUCUCAAAGACUUUAUGAAUGAAUUGAAAUUAUAAAUCAAAAAUUGGAAAUUAUUCCUAAGAUUUAAAUUUAAAUUUCACCGCUAUACAUUUUUUAUUACAAAAUUUAAUCAUGGUUAUUCAAUGUAAUGGUGAUUAUAUUAGAAAUAAAAACUUAAAUUUAUAAAAUAUAUAAAAAAUAAAAUUAUUUCUAUGAGCGAAAACCACGCAUUAUUCGAAUUUUGAGAAUAUCAAAUAAACUAUUUUUGUCGAUUAGAAAAAUAUAUAAGUAGAGGAGAGAAAGAUUUUUUUUAGUCGCUGAAUUCUUUGUUUUGAAUUGCAUGUAUAACUGGAAACCUCUAAACAGAAGAACCCAUAUAGGGAUGCGAGUAAAAGAAAAAAAAUAAUUAUAUCCCUUAAGAAAAUCCGCAUUACAAAUAUAUUUAUUAUUUAAUAAAACAAAAUAAGCAACACUGCUGCAUAGCAUUUAAGAGUGUACAAAUAAGGAAAUGAAGUAUACGGUAUCCUUAAGUUUGAUUUCGGCCAAUGAAGUGGACAUCUAAAUAAAUGAUAGGUGAUAAGAAAAGAGUUUUAUACUUUAUAUAAUUUGUAUAACUCAUACUAUACUACUGUGUGUGAGUUUUGAAGUGAAAACAUAUUUGUUAUCUAAGCCAGACGUAUUUCUACUUACCUUCAACUAUACCCUGUCUUUUCAUUUACAUUACAGGAUUAUGUCACUUCCAUUUGACAUAACAAAACUGUAAUAUCUAUUUUAUUUCACUGUCAACUUUACUUAGUGGAUUUAAAAUAGAAAUAAGAGUUUUAUUCAAUUUCAGUGCGAGCCUUUUGGGCUGUUGAUAAAUAUGUUUACAACUCCAACAAUUGAAGAACAGGAAUGUAAUUUCAAUCUAAAUAUGGUUGAGAGCCUUGUUAACUUACUUUUAAUCCACUAAAUUCUGUAACUGGUUUUAUUUUGUGUCUAUUUUUAAUAAACCUUAUGUAUUAUUACUUUCUUAUAUUUAUUGAUAAUAUUUGCUGGUCAAAUAUUUGAAUAUUCGAAGGUAAUAUAAAAAAUCAGUUAUUGUUUACAUCGUACUAUUAGUUAUUAAGUAUCUUUAGAUCGUUUCUCGAGGAUUUAUUAAAAAUACGAUGUGUUGGAUUCCAACCCACACAUGGGCUGGAACUAAAAAAACUGCGCUUAAUCAAAACUCAAUAAUUUGUGUUAAUAUAAUAUCACUUUUUUAACUCUAUGUCAUUAAGUCAGGAAUAGGUGUUGCAUUAUAGGCUCGAGUAGUUUGUAAUACGGUACCUAUAAAGGUAUAAGUAAUUGUGGGCUCACAUCAAUAAAUUCACUACGUUUAUAAAAUGUGAAUCAUAAUGGAGUUUAUUUACCAAAUGGAUAUGUGGUACUAAUUCCUUGCACAUGUUUUGGUUGUACUGAAUUCACACACAGUAGCGCUUUUACUCCGGUGUUCGAUGUACGGACAUGUAUGUUCUGUUUGUAUCAUUGUUAUGUACCACCUGACGUUGUAACACAUUGGAAAAUAUCAAUAAAACUGAAAACAAUGUC